AUGUUUACCAUUAUCCUGACUGUUGUAAAAAUUAUAGCUAUCCUUUUGGAAAUAGCUAUAAUAUCGAUUAUACACGACGUUUCAACUGAUAAAACAUUAACUUGUCCUCUUUCUCUUGAUCCAAAAGCCAAAAGAAACGCUACACAUUCGAUCUCAGUGGCCCGCGAUAAAUAUUACAAGUACUGUAAUAUAACCACAUUAGACAAUUCAAACCACAGUGUUUUCCCAUUGAGUUCACCUGGAGUGGACGCUUUAUAUUAUGGAACUAUCAAAGUUGGAACUCCUGCCCAGCCAAUUAAUGUGAUUAUUGAUAGUGGUUCUUCAGAUUUUUGGUUCGCAUCCACAUCUUGUAAAAAUUGUCAGACCUCCAAUAUUCUGUUUAAUCCUUUAAUAUCGACGACAUUUGUAUCCACAAACGAUUCUUGGUCAAUUGAAUACGCCGAUAGAAGUUUUGCCCAAGGUUUUGUCGCUUAUGAUACCGUUAUGAUUAGCAAUAUAUCGAUUAUUGGACAAAGUGUCGAGAUUGCCAUAAAUACCACCGCUCUUAUGGAAAACACUACGAUCAAUGGCAUAAUGGGUCUAGCAUUCGACUCUUUGACACACACAAAAGGUGUUGAGACACCUAUAAAAAGCAUGAUCAGCCAAGGUUUAAUCAACUACCCUGUCUUCGGAUUAUUCUUAGGAAAAGAAUCGAAUGGAACUAAUGACAGCAUAGGCAACAAUGGCGAGAUUAUAUUUGGCGGCUACAAUCCCGACCACAUUAAUGGAACCUUGAUUGAGGUCCCUGUUGACAAUUCGCUCGGUCUUUGGGAAAUCGAUAUACGUGCCACAACUGCUGGUAUAGAGCCUUUCAUUAGAAACAUUGGUCAUUUUCAAGGAGUCCUAGACACAGGCACCACUUUAAUGUUAUUUCCAAGUCGUAUGGCCACUAAAGUUGCUGAAGCAUACAACGCAAUAGAUAAGAAAGAUGGCACAUACACCAUAAGCUGUAACAGUUCCGAGCUGUCUCCUCUUACUUUUACUAUCGGGGACUCUGACUUUUCUAUUCCUCCUGCGGAUCUUAUUUACACAAAGGACGGAUCAUCUUGUAUAGCAGGAUUUGGGUCUAUUGAUGCCCCGUUUGGUAUUCUUGGCGAUGUUUUUCUCAAAAGCCAUUACAUAAUAUUUGACCACGAGAAACCCAGCGUUUAUAUUGCCCCUUCAAAAUAG